AACGGUUUCCUCCAAGGCGUCUACCGAGCCGAAGAACCGCGUGAUCAAACUCAGCCCUCCGCUGAUUGGUCGGCUGGCUUGGCGCAGGAGGGUCGUCAAUAAACCUGCUAAAUCUGCGAAAUACAAUUUACACGUGAAGCCAGUUCGAGCCUGUCAGCCCUAGUCAGAGGGGGUUUGGCGACGGUGACUCGAUCGACGAAAGUCAGACUUGUAUCCAAAAUCCACGAGGACCCGAAAGGAAGAGGAUUACGGGAAAUAGAGCGCGCUCGUUCCAGGAUGCCGAAAGCGACGUUAGCGUUCGUGUUAAUUCGUGGGAGCGAGUGGCGGCUGUGAAAAGCGCCGUCUCGCGGGACGCCGAUGUCACUCUGGAGGGGAGCACGCAAAUGUCUGGUGACCGCGGACUUUCCGUGACUCCGGUCGCUCGGCUAACGGGACGUUGCGUCACACGCGGGAGCCGCGAGCGAUGGCACGGCGCGCUAUUACUGUAACGUUACUCUGCUUGUGGAUAUGUUCUCGAGUCUCUUGUGAAGUGGAUGUGAACUGCUGGUGGAACGAGGCUCUUGCCGUGGGCCACAAUGUGUCUGUUCUGUGCCACAUGAGUUCACGGGGAAGGACGGACAGCUGUGGGCUCUGCCAGCUUUAUGUUAUCAUACUGGGCCACAGACAUGAGUUUCCGAGCACAUGUGCCAAUACCAAAGAAACCUUCAGCUUUUCUAUCGCAGCGGAACACAGAGAGAGUGUUCGGUGCCUGUGUAACAGGACAGCUUCAGAUGGCUGCAGCGUUACAGUAAGAGGAGGCUAUCCGCCAUCCCCCCCGUCUCCGCCUGAUUGUGCUAUUGAAGACUUGGAAGAUGAAGACAUUUACUGCUCUUGGUCUAAAUCCAACGAGCCGACGAUUCCAACUGUGUACACCCUUCACUGGAAAGAUUAUGAUGGGAAGGUUAAAUCUACGGAAAGCAGUAUUGACAGUGCAGUCAUAAACCGGCGUGACUAUAUGAAAAGCACUGACAUCACAGCAUGGGUCACUGCCAAAAACGAGCUGGGUUCUGCACGCUCUGAGAGGUCUUUCUUCAACACAGGCCAUAUAAAACGACCAGACACCCCUUACAAUAUAAACCUCACCUCUGAAUCAGUGGAGUUCAGUUGGGACAUGGACUGUGACACAGUGGGCUACUUGGACAAGAGCUGUCAAGUACAGUAUCGGGCGCACGAUCGUAUUCUGGACUGGAUUGAGGUGGAUGAUUGCCAGGUCAUGUUUGUGUUAAAGGAUCCCCAGCCGUUCACGCAGUACAGUUUUCGUGUUCGCUGCCACUGUGGAUAUGAAGAGAGGGUCAUGAGUAACUGGAGCUCGGUUUAUUCGAUCAGGACGCCCCCUGCAGCACCGGUUGGACAGCUGGAUGUUUGGAGUGACUGCGGCCCUAAUUCUGACGAGUCGUCCUGUAACGUCUAUUGGAAGGAAAUGCCCCCGUCUCAGGCUAGAGGGGAAAUUACUAACUAUAUUGUAACUGUGAAGCUUAAAAAUGGCACCGAGGUCAAGCAGCAGGUCAGGCCAUGGAGAGACGCCGGAGGUCAGAGCUGCCGGCAGCUCAAAUACUACCUCAAGCCAGGCGUUGUUGGAGUGUUUGUGUCAGCCAACACCUCAAUGGGCACAUCGGACCCCACAUGCAUCCUGUUUGCUGAGAGGGGGCCGAGAAUGCCUGAGGUGAAUCUGAGCGUAAUCGGUGAGAUCCAGGCGCUGAGGGUCUCAUGGUCCAUACACCCUCACUUCUCUGAGAGCGUCCUGGAAUAUGUGGUGCAGCACGUGUCUGUAGUACCUGACUCUCUGUGCCUGAACUGGGUCAGAGUGAAGAGGACCCGGACAUCUGUCACACUCACAGGUGACUUCUGGAACUACACAGCUUAUAAUGUGUCUCUGUUUGCGGUCUUCAACAACCACAGCACUUUCCUCAAGUCAGCAAUUGCAUACACACUUGAAGGAGUUCCUCCUAAAGUCUCUCAAAUCAGCGUGAAGAACAUCACUUACUCCUCUGCCACUUUGGUCUGGAGCCCCAUCCCUGUAAAUGAGAGCAAGGGUGUCGUCCUGCAUUACUUAGUGGGCGUCAAAGAAACAGGGUCUAAUAUAAGCAGUCACCGAACCAGCGUGCAGCUGUCAGAACUGCAGCCUGCCCAGCUGUACCACGUCUGGGUGAGCGCUGUGAGCGCUGCUGGCGAAGGGGACAAGCUCUUGGCCACGUUCUCCACCAGCAGAGAAAACAGUAACGAUACCCUGUUGGUUGUACUUAUAAUGUUGAUGUCCCUGGUCUUAUUUGUUUUUGUUUUUAUGUUGGUGUACAAACCAACCUGGUGUUUUGUGAAAAUCCCGGAUCCAAUUAACAGUAAAACAUUUAAGCAUAUGAACUUCCAGCACGCGUGGCCACGGUUCUGUUCUCCUUCCGAACUGAAUAUAAAGAUCUCCGAGCUGGAGAUCAUAGAGAAGCUGGAUCGCGACACGCCUGCUCCUCAAUCAGAGACCGAACCGGAGAACGCUUUCAUCGAUAUGGAUCCCCAACAUUUUGAGCUGCCAAAUGGACUGGACGGAACGAAUGAAGGUGGAGGAGAGCCUGAGGAAGAGCCUGGGGAAUCAAACGGGAGAAGCAUUUUAAAGCAUGAGCGCUGGGCGAAGGAAUACAGCGAGAUGGUCGACACUGAUGAAGAGAAGGAUGGCGCUGAUGAGGAAGAGUGGUGGGACCAGCAGUGUGUCUCAGACUAUGAAAGGCAUUUUUUGCCUUCUGUUGCAGCGAAUUAACUUUUCGUACCUCUGUACUGAAGUGUCUUAACUCAAACAAUCAGAGAGUGACUGUUUUACUAAAGAACGAGGUGUGCUUUUUAAUCAGACACUGAAAAGAGUAUUAAGAGAAGUGUCGGUCGUUUAAAAAGAGGUGUUGCACAACUAUGCACAGGUUUUUACAUUUACCGUUUUUCAUACUAGCUGCAAAAAAAUUGACGUGACCACUAGCAUCGUCAAGUUAAAAAAAUAAAAAAAAAGACUAUGCAGGUUUCUGGAAUACUUUGCCCUAUUGCCAUUGGUCAGAUGUUCUUGCCUCAACCUCACGCCACUGGUUGAACUAAUGUUAGGCAGGUUUUGGCAGCAAUGUUUUGGUCGCUCCGAAGUCACGUGAUUAACACAUUUCAGGGAAUUCAACCUACAACUGUCUUGUAGUUAUCUCUGCACAUUCAACCUUGUAUAACGUGGAAAACAUCGCACGUGGGACACAAAUGACGUUAUAACUACUAGAUCCUGCACACAACUGAAUGUAAAAAGCUUGUUUUUGUACAUAAUAAGUGAACUGUGAUUGUGUCAAGUAAAUUUCUCAUGCUUUUUGCAGUUAUUUAUUUGAACGAUGAUGUAAGAUAUGGCAUGUAAACAUUGUCAAAAAAAUUUUUGUUUUUUUUUAAGACAUUACAAUCAAUUCAGUCUUGUUGCCUCUAAAGCCUUGAAUACAAUAGUGAGAAAAAAUAAAAGUAGCUUGUCUAUGUUUGUGCAUCA